AUGAAUUUAAUAGCAAUAUUAAGUUAUUAGAAAUAACUAUAACAAUAGAAAAAGUAAAAGAAUAAAAAAAAACUUAAAAAUUAAAAACAGCAAACAAAAUGUGAUAACUUAAUUGAUAUAAAUUUAUUAAACCCAGAUUUAUAAAAUUACCAAAUUUCAUAGAAAAUUAAGGAACAUAAUUUUUUGGAAAAUCUUCCAAAUAAUUUACAACCUAAAUAAACAAUUUAUCUAACCACCUCAACCCAAACAGAUUACAUAGAAGACUUCGAAGUAGUAAUUCCUGAAACUGAAAUUCAAAAAAUAAAAUAUUCUUAUGAAAAAUUAUUAAGACUAGAAGAAUUAAAAUAAUAGUAUUAAGCUUGCUCAGAAAUAAAUGAAAAUCAAGCAAUUGAUUAAAUAAAUGCAUAAAAAUUUGAAAUAGAGAGAUUACUACUUGAAUUAGAUUAAAUACCAUAAAUUAAUUAUGAAGCAGACUUGAAUGCAUAACAAAAAGAGUUGGAAUCUUUAAAAAAAAAAUAUUCAGAAUUAGAAAAAGAAUAAGAAAUGCUUUAAUAAAAAAAUAAAAUGUUGUAAUAAAACUUAAAAGAAAAAUUAGAUCAAAAUCAUUGA